AUGGAAAGUCCGUUGACUCUAAUUUUGAUAAUUCAUAUUCUCGCUGGUCACUACCUGGAAAUGGAAAACCACACCACUGUGACUGAGCUUAUUCUUUUGGGACUUUCCAGUGACAAACAGAUCCAAAUUUUACUGUUCUUUGUGUUUUUGGUGAUAUACCUAAUCACUGUAGUGGGGAACACAGUCAUCAUGCUGGUGAUAAGAGCUGAUUCUAAUCUUCACACCCCCAUGUAUUUCUUUCUGUUUCACCUAUCCCUUGUUGAUAUCUGCUAUUCCUCAACCAUUGUCCCUAAUAUGCUGGUGAAUUUACUAGCAAAGCAUAAAACAAUUUCUGUCAAUGCUUGCUUUACCCAGAUGUUCUUCAUCUUUCUCUCAGCUAGUUGUGAAUUAUUCAUGCUCUCAGCAAUGGCUUAUGACCGUUAUGCUGCCAUCUGUAACCCCCUGCAUUAUGCAAGGACUAUGAACAAAAGAGUGUGCAGGCAGCUAGUGGGUGCUUCUUGGACAAUAGGUCUUAUACAUUCCCUGGUCAAUACAGUUCCUGUGUUCAAGCUGCACUUCUGUGGGCCCAAUGAAAUUGGGCACUUUAGCUGUGAGCUUCCCCCACUACUAACACUGUCCUGCACUGAGGCACAUACCAACAAAACAGCUCUUCUUUCUUCUGCUAUUCUAAUUAGUUUUGGCACUUUCCUUCUGACACUGGUUUCUUACAUCUGUAUCAUCUCCACCAUCCUGAGGAUACACUCUGCAGAGGGCAGGAGAAAAGCUUUCUCCACCUGCAGCUCCCACCUCCUUGUGGUGACAUUCCUGUAUGUAACAGCCUUUGUCCAAUACAUGAAAUCCAGCUAUGUUUCUUCACUGGUGCUAGAUAAGUUUUUUUCCAUCCAGUACAGUAUCUUAACCCCUAUGUUAAACCCCAUCAUCUACAGUCUGAAAAAUAAAGAAGUAAAAAUGGCUCUUGGCAGAAUAUUAAAACUAUCAAUUUCUCAAAGUGUAUAA